CUCUGGCUGCCUCCUAGCCCAGCCGCCUCGUGGGCUCGGACGCAGUGUCCGAGGCGCGCUGCAGAUGGGGCAGGCGGGGAAGUGGCGCCCGAGCCGCGGGUGACCAGCGCUGGUCCGCGCCCCUGCCCCGCUCCGAGCAGGGACCCGGCGGGCAGAGGAUGCCGGACGGAGGGACCCAGGAGCUGCGCUGAGGCUCCCACUUGGAUGGCCCGGAGACCGCUGCAGCUCCUGGGACCGCUUCAGUGAAGCCGCGCUCGGGACCUGGAGGCGGAGACCUUAGGCGGCGGCUGCCAGGGGCGCGCCGGGCGCAGGAGGGGGCGCGCUUUCUCCCCGCGGGUCUCAGUAAUGAGGAGACCGAGUCUGUGGUGGCUGCUGAGCAGGGUCUGUCUGCUGCUGCCGCCGCCCUGCGCGCUGGUACUGGCCGGGGUGCCCGGCUCCUCCUCGCACCCGCAGCCUUGCCAGAUCCUCAAGCGCAUCGGCCACGCCGUGCGGGUGGGCGCGGUGCACUUGCAGCCCUGGACCACAGCCCCACGCGCAACCAGCCGCGCUCCGGACGGCAGCCGGGCGGGAGCGCAGAGGGAUGAGCCGGAGCCGGGGACGUGGAGACCCCCAGCGCCCUCUCAGGGCGCGCGCUGGUUGGGGAGUGCUUUGCAUGGCCGGGGACCGCCCGGCGCCCGGAAGCCCGGGGAGGGCUCCGGGGCCGAGACUCUGUGGCCGCGGGACGCCCUGCUGUUCGCCGUGGACAACCUGAACCGCGUGGAAGGGUUGCUGCCCUACAACCUGUCUUUGGAAGUAGUGAUGGCCAUCGAAGCGGGCCUGGGCGACCUGCCACUUUUGCCCUUCUCCUCUCCUAGCUCUCCGUGGAGCAGUGACCCUUUCUCCUUUCUGCAGAGCGUGUGCCACACCGUGGUGGUGCAAGGGGUGUCGGCACUGCUGGCCUUCCCCCAGAGCCAGGGCGAGAUGAUGGAGCUUGACUUGGUCAGCUCAGUCCUGCACAUUCCAGCGAUCAGCAUCGUGCGUCAGGAGUUUCCGCGCGAGAGUCAGAAUCCCCUUCACCUACAGCUGAGUUUAGAAAAUUCAUUAAGUUCUGAUGCUGAUGUCACUGUCUCAAUCCUGACCAUGAACAACUGGUACAAUUUUAGCUUGUUGCUGUGCCAGGAAGACUGGAACAUCACCGACUUCCUCCUUUUUACCCAGAAUAAUUCCAAGUUCCACCUCGGGGCUAUCAUCAACAUCACUGCUAACCUCUCCUCCACCAAGGACCUCUUAAGCUUUCUACAAGUCCAGCUCGAGAGCGUUAAGAACAGCACACCCACGAUCGUGAUGUUUGGCUGCGACAUGGAGAGUAUCCGGCAGAUUUUUGAAAUUUCCACCCAAUUUGGGGUAACAUCUCCUGAACUUCACUGGGUGCUGGGAGACUCCCAGAAUGUGGAGGAGCUGAGGACCGAAGGUCUGCCCUUAGGGUUAAUUGCUCACGGAAAAACAACACAAUCUGUCUUUGAGUACUACGUACAAGAUGCCAUGGAGCUAGUCGCAAGAGCUGUAGCUACAGCCACCAUGAUUCAGCCAGAACUUGCUCUCAUUCCCAGCACGAUGAAUUGCAUGGAUGUGAAAACUACAAAUCUCACUUCAGGACAAUAUUUAUCAAGGUUUCUAGCCAACACCACUUUCAGAGGCCUCAGUGGCUCCAUCAGAGUAAAAGGUUCUACCAUUAUCAGCUCAGAAAACAACUUUUUCAUCUGGAAUCUGCAACAUGACCCUAUGGGAAAGCCAAUGUGGACACGCUUGGGCAACUGGCAGGGUGGCAAGAUUGUCAUGGACUACGCAAUAUGGCCAGAGCAGGCCCAGAGGCACAAAACUCACUUUCAGCACUCGAGUAAACUACACUUAAGAGUAGUAACCCUGAUUGAGCACCCAUUUGUCUUCACAAGGGAAGUAGAUGAUGAAGGCCUGUGCCCCGCAGGGCAACUCUGUCUAGACCCUAUGACUAAUGACUCUUCCAUACUGGACAGCCUAUUCAAUAGUCUCCAUAGCAGUAAUGAUACAGUGCCAAUAAAGUUCAAGAAAUGCUGCUAUGGGUAUUGCAUUGAUUUGCUGGAAAAGCUAGCGGAAGACAUGAAUUUUGACUUUGACCUAUAUAUUGUUGGGGAUGGAAAAUAUGGAGCCUGGAAAAAUGGCCACUGGACCGGGCUGGUGGGUGACCUUCUGAAUGGCACUGCCCAUAUGGCGGUCACUUCCUUCAGCAUUAAUACUGCACGCAGUCAAGUGAUAGAUUUCACCAGCCCUUUCUUCUCUACCAGCUUGGGCAUCUUAGUGAGGACCCGAGACACAGCAGCUCCCAUUGGAGCCUUCAUGUGGCCACUCCACUGGACGAUGUGGCUGGGGAUUUUUGUUGCUCUGCACAUCACUGCCAUCUUUCUCACGCUGUACGAGUGGAAGAGUCCCUUCGGUAUGACGCCCAAGGGCCGAAACAGAAGCAAAGUGUUCUCCUUCUCUUCAGCCUUGAAUGUCUGUUAUGCCCUCUUGUUUGGUAGAACAGCAGCCAUCAAACCCCCAAAAUGUUGGACCGGAAGAUUUCUAAUGAACCUCUGGGCCAUUUUCUGUAUGUUUUGUCUUUCUACAUAUACAGCAAACUUGGCUGCUGUCAUGGUAGGUGAGAAGAUCUAUGAAGAGCUUUCUGGAAUACAUGACCCUAAGCUGCAUCAUCCUUCCCAAGGCUUCCGGUUUGGAACUGUUCGGGAAAGCAGCGCUGAAGAUUACGUGCGGCAAAGUUUCCCAGAGAUGCACGAGUACAUGCGAAGGUACAAUGUGCCGGCCACCCCCGACGGAGUACAAUACCUGAAAAAUGAUCCAGAGAAACUAGACGCCUUCAUCAUGGACAAAGCCCUUCUGGAUUAUGAAGUAUCAAUAGAUGCUGACUGCAAGCUUCUGACAGUGGGGAAGCCGUUUGCCAUAGAAGGAUAUGGCAUUGGCCUCCCACCCAACUCUCCACUGACCUCCAAUAUAUCCGAGCUGAUCAGUCAAUAUAAAUCACAUGGGUUUAUGGAUGUGCUUCAUGACAAGUGGUACAAGGUGGUUCCCUGUGGCAAGAGAAGUUUCGCUGUUACUGAGACUUUGCAAAUGGGCAUCAAGCAUUUCUCUGGACUCUUCGUGCUGCUGUGCAUCGGAUUUGGUCUGUCCAUCUUGACAACCAUUGGUGAGCACAUAGUGUACAGGUUGCUGCUACCACGAAUCAAAAACAAAUCCAAGCUGCAAUACUGGCUGCACACCAGUCAGAGAUUUCACAGAGCAUUAAACAUGUCAUAUGUAGAAGAAAAGCAGCAGCGGUUCAAGACCAAACAUGUGGAAAAGAGGACCAGCAUGGGACCCCAUCAGCUCACGGUGUGGAAUACUUCCAAUCUGAGUCAUGACAACCAACAAAAAUACAUUUUCAGUGACGAGGGAGAACCACACCAGCUGGGCAUACAGACCCAAGACAUCCCUCUCCCCACAAGGAAAAGAGCGCUCCCUGCCACGGUGACCACCAAUGGGAAAGCGGACUCCCUCAACCUAGCUCGGAAUUCAGUGAUGCAGGAACUCUCAGAGCUGGAGAAGCAGAUUCAAGUGAUCCGCCAAGAGCUACAGUUGGCUGUGAGCAGGAAAACGGAGCUGGAGGAAUAUCAAAGGACAAAUCGGACUUGCCCCAAAGUAGAUGUACAGCUGCCGGUGGAAGAUUAACCCUGACACCGCUUAUCUGCAACCUGAGACUCUGCGCACCCGAUGUCUGCACAGCACAGAAGGCUGAUGUACAGGUGUACCUCAAUUCAUGGAACAGCCAUGCUCCUACUGUUGUACAUGGACAUUUUUGUAACUCAAUUCAUAUUCUGACUGUACCUGAGAAGCUGGCUAUCUAAGGGAACCCAGAGGUGAAAUUUUUUGUAAAGUAUAGAUUCCUUUUGUAAUGCAAUUCAUUAUCCCUCAAUGUACCUGUUUUGUAAGUUUGGAUUUUUGUAUAUCGGGUUUACCUUAAGCUUCUCUACAGAGAUGCCAGACUGCCCUGCCUAUCCACAGUUGAAGACCAGUGCAUGCUCCUCACGUAUCUUCUGAGGAACUACCCAGCCAAAACAGUGGCCAAGACGCAGCAAGCAGCAGCAGGGGCUGAAGGCAGGCUUACUGCUGCCAACACUGCUUGAAAUACUUCCACGUCCCGGAUAAAGCAAAACCGUAAUUGCUUGUGGUGAAAUGAAGCAGUCUUCAUGUGAAGUAACAAUGGUUUUCUCAUUGGUAGUACUUGAACAGUAUUUUGCAAUUUGUGAAACUGUGUCUUGUGUUUUGUAAAAAGAUUUCAUGAAAGGGUGGAUCCCUGAAAACCUCUUUUCUGUUCUGUUCCACCUCGGUUCUCUCAACCCCUCCUCCUCAGGUUCAAAAGAAAAAUCAGAAACCUUCACAUGGAGGGUUUUAUUUUGGUAGAGAGCGCAAGGAUGCCGCUGCCUCCUCUGGUGGGCUCCCACUUCGUGAGAUCAGGAAGGCCUCCAUUCCCUUUUAUACCCUGGUACCGGGGAACUUGGAACACAACAAACUGUGUCUCCCACUGCAGGAAGACUGAGUAAGGUGGAACAUACAGGGCUACUACUCAGUUUGUGAAAGUAAGGGUCCCAAAGUACGUAUGCCACAAACAGAAAAGGAGAUUCCUCCAACAGAUAAAAACAAGUUGGAAGAAAGACUGGGAUGGCCAAGUGUGGCAGCCACAGGGACCCGGUCAGUUAAGGGUUUUCAUGUGCCUGGAGGUGACUCCAUUACUCAUGAAUCUUGUUGAUGCCAACUUUGUAAGGGAGCUGCUGCUCCCCACACAGCCUGGCCCAAGAAGUGAAAAGUGGAGCAGGCACCAAGCAAACAGGGCUAUAUCGCCUGGGUAACAGACUUCUCGGCACUGGGCCUGUUAGGGCUGAGGAGCAAGUUCCACACUCCCUUGGUAUAAAGA